AUGGAGUCUUCAUUGCGAGAUUCCAGCCCGAUGGCCGAGGAUAGCCACGAACACGCGGUCCUCCUUCCUCGCGAGCUCCCGGAUACCGAUCGGGACGAAUAUGACGGGUUCUCCCGCCAGCGCCGUCACUUAGGCCUGUUAUCAACGACCUUUUUAAUAACUAACCGUAUGAUUGGCACUGCUAUCUUCUCUACGCCGUCUGCCAUUGCCGCCAGUGUCGGGAGCGCAGGCGCUGCGUUGGCCCUCUGGGUAGUUGGCCUGAUUCUAGCAUACUGCGGUCUAUUUAUCUGGAUCGAACUGGGAUCUCUCAUGCCGCGCAGUGGUGGUGAGAAGGUGUACUUGGAGGCUGCGUAUCCGAACCCGCCGAUGCUUGUAACGACGGUGUUUGCAGUACAUAUUAUCUUUCUUGGGUUUACAGGCAUUGGCAGCGUGGUUGUAGCUGAAAAUAUUUUGCUCGCUUUGAACGGAUCCGCAACUGAUUGGGUAAAGAGAGGAUUGGCGAUUGCUGUCCUCGCGAUCAUUGCCACGAUACAUAUCAGGUUCAGUGCACUGGGGGUGAAGAUCAUGAUACUUAUCCUGUUUUUGAUCAUUGUUGCCGGUCUGCGUGCUCUUCGAGGCGAUCUCCCCCAGAUCCCUGACCCGGCUAGUAGCCUGAAGUCGCCCUUUACAGGCUCUUCAUCUUCUGUAUCCCGUUACACCAAUGCCUUGUUCAAAAUCCUGGCCACCUACCAAGGCUGGUCAAAUGCCGCAUACGUUCUUGACGAGGUGAAGGACCCUCGCAAGGUUCUAAAGAUAGCUGGCGUCGUGGGCGUGGGAUUGGUAGGGAUACUCUAUACCCUCACCAAUAUUUCCUACUUUAUUGUCGCUACUCCAGACGAGAUCAGCAAGACUGGAGUCACAGUUGUCGCACUCCUGAUCGGUAAAGUAUUUGGAGAUACUAUGCUCUGGUUGACAGCUACCCUGGCGGCCUUAUCGUCAUUCGGGAACCUGAUGACAGCAUCUUUUACAAUGUCGAGAGUAGUUCGGGAAUUCGCUAGGGAGGGGAUAGUCCCCUAUUCUCGGUUCUUUGCCGCUACGACGUCCUCCGGCUCGCCUUCAGCAGCGUUUCUUCUUGUAUUCUUGUCAUCAGCAGUUAUGAUUCUAUUUAUUCCAUUUGGGGAAGUAUAUAAUUUCCUCCUAGAUGUCAGCCAGUACGCCAUCGCCCUAGUCAACGUCCUUGUCGUCAUCGCACUUUUCAUCAUUCGUCGGAAACAACCCCACAGGCGCACUUUCCGAGCUUGGACUCCCGUCAUCUAUUUAUUUCUUGCGUCCCAAGUGUUUUUGCUCGUCACGCCGUUCAUUCCUGCAGCGCUAGACACGGGCAGAGCUCUGCCGCCUUGGCUGUACUCCGUGGUUGCGCUUCUAGUCUUUUUCGGCUCUGGAGUCUACUGGUUUAUGUCAUGGGAAGUUCUUCCCAGGCGCGGCCAGUUUGUUUGGACUGCGCGGGAGUCAGUCCUCGCAGAUGGAUCUUCAGUUGUCUUGUGGGACAAGGUGAAGAUUAACUAA